AUGGCAUCCAAGCCUCGCUUCACCGGCCUCUGGGCGCCGACGAGCGCUCCGGUGGGCGCCGCGGGGACGAAGCCGAGCGUGAACGCGUCGGCGCUCGGCCGGAGCACCGCCGCCGACGCGGCCCAGCGGGAGCUGCGCGAGGAGCGGGAGCGAGCAGCGCAGAGGAAGCUGCAGCUGCUCGCGGCGCGGGAGCAGCAAGCGGAGCCGGGCGCGGGCGACGAGCGCGGGGAGGACGACCGGCGGAGGCAGCGCAAGGCGGAACGCAAGGCCAGGAAGGCGGCAAAAAAGGCGAGAAGGGCGGCCAAGAAGGAGCGCAAAGCCAAGCGGAGGGAGCGCAGGAGUAGUAGCAGCAGUAGCAGUGGGAGCGACGGCGAAGGCUGA